GAUCCGGGUGCCAGCGAACCCGAACGGCAUUACACGCCGAAGAGAUUUUCCUUCACUUGUCUCCGAUCCGAUAACGACCCGCCAGUCGUUGCCGGGCACGUCGAAAACACCAGAAUGCAGCCCGGGCCUCUCCUCAGCACUGACCAUCAGCAGCAACAGCAGCAGCACCAGCAGCAGCAGCAACAACAACAGCACCAACAGCAUCUACAGCAACACGCCCAGAACCUUCUGUCGGCCCAACAACCGUCGUCACUGACCUCUUCUUCCAGCGCUUCGUCGACGCCACCGAUUCAAGACGUGAGCCGCUAUCUGGAGACGCUGCAGGAGCAACUGAAGGAAGGCUGGACUGCUCACACGGCCAAAGAUGGUCGGCUCUACUACUGCAACCACAUCACCCGAACGGCGGGAUGGUUACCACCGAUCGAGAACUGGGUGCAGACGAACGAUUUGCCCUACGGUUGGGAGAAGGCGAUCGAUCAGAAGGGUCAGCCGUACUACAUCAACCAUUUAAACAAAACCACCACCUACGAGGAACCGAUCAGACACCAUGGCAACGAUUCCCCACCCGAGCCGCGCGUCGUCAUCCUGCAGCGCAGUCCAACGCUCGGCUUCGGCUUCGUCGCCGGCAGUGAGAAACCUGUGAUCGUUCGCUUCGUCACGGAAGGUGGCCCUAGUGUAAAUAAGCUGGAACCAGGUGACCAAAUAUUAGCUGUAAACGGUGAGGACGUCAAAGACGCACCCCGGGACCAUGUGAUACAAUUAGUUAGAAAUUGUGAAACCUCCGUCACGCUGCUGGUAUGCCAGCCGCAGCUCUACAACGCAGUCGGGCGGAAGUCGACCCUGCUGUCGGCGGGCAAGAAGGCGAAGCUAAAAUCACGCCCGAUCCGGGUCCGCUUCGCCGAGAGUGUUUGCGUGAACGGGGCGCCAUUAUUUCCGCCAUCUGCCUUUUCUCUUGGCGAUCUGUGCGUGCCACCGAUGGCGAACGUGCUGAAGGUGUUCCUGGAGAACGGUCAAACCAAAUCGUUCAAGUACGACUCGACCACCACUGUGCAGAACGUUGUUACAUCGUUACGCGAUAAGUUGUGCCUAACCGCCGGUGAGCACUUCAGUCUGGUGGUGGAGCACGUGAAAAGUUUAAAGCGCAACAAGCUCACGCUGCUGGAUCCGCAGGAAACGGUCGCCCGGAUAGCGGCCCGGCCCGGCGCACACAAGCUGCGGUGCUUGUUUCGGGUAACGUUCGUGCCGGUGUCGGCGGCCGGCCUGGCCCAGAAGGACCUCAACGCGCUGGACUAUCUGUUCCUGCAGUGCUGCAACGACGUCACGCAGGAGCGCUUCGCCCCGGAGCUGCAGCCCGAGGUCGCCCUGCGGCUGGCCGCUCUGCACAUGCACCAGCAUGCGCUCGCCAAUAACAUUUCGCCCGCGAAAUUAACUGUAAAAACUGUUGAACGAGAGUUUGGACUGGAUCGCUUUGUGCCUGCUUCGCUGAUCGAAGGAAUGAAACGCAAGGAACUGCGGCGACUGUUGGGACACUUCCUCAAGCUGAACUCCCAGAUGACUGGCUCGUCGACGAAAAUGCUCACCCAGCUGCAGGCCAAAAUUCACUAUCUGGACAUCAUUUCCGGACUGCCGAGCUAUGGAGCGAAAUGCUUCAGCACCAACCAACGGGACGGUGUCGAACGUGUGCUGCUCGUGAGUCCCCGGUUCGGCCUCAGUCAAAUCGCGGGCAUACGAAACACGGUGCCACAACCAAUUUGCAAUCUAGAGGAGUUGAUUCGCGUCGUGGUAACGCGUGAUGACGACAUCUCGAACACCGUGACCGUCUUCAUAACUCCCGAUCGGGUGAUCAACUUCUCGAUGGAGGACCGUGACGCUUCGGAGUUUGCCAUCGUACUAGCGGGCUACUAUCGGUUAAUGGCCGGUAAAGAGCUGCCGCUGGAGCAAGAACGCGAUAUUCAAAUAGAAGACAUUGCACCACCGUACCUAUCGCAGCACACGGUGGUCAGUAACGGCUGGAGCUACCUACCGACGGAGAAGCCAACGCACAGCAUAGCGUUCCUUAUGCCACCGCCGUACCACUCGACCGGGUUCCGCAGCGCCACCGGGUCCAUCAGCUCCUCGAGCCGCUCGGACGAAUGUGACCGCAACGCGAACAGUGCACGUAUGUCGAACCGAAACGUACGGCCCAGUCUGAAGGAGUACGAUUUCGAAACGGCCCAACAGCAGGGCAGGGAUGUGCGCGCGUCGAAGGAUGGCACGAUGGUCGGUGGUGGCGUAGGCCGGCUGCCCGGUGGCGUUCCGGAGGCUCGCAACGAGGAGGUACUUCGGCGCGUUGCGGAAAUGCAAAAGCUCGUCGAAAACUCCGAGCGCUACCUGAACGAACACGGCGACUAUGGGCACGAGUUCGAGGUGAAGCCGGGCGGUAAGCUGAACUUCUGGCGCGAAACGUCCGUCGAUGUGGAUGAGAGCGAUUGCGAGAGUCUGAACAGCAGCAAGCAGAGCUCGACCGAGGAUGGGCCGGGUGUGCUGAAGCACAGUGACUCGCUGACGCUGCUGACGGAAACCAUCAACCAGGGGCUGGAUGGCAUUGCGAAGGGACUCAGUUCCAUCUACACGGCUCCAUUUAGUGAGCUGAACGGGAAGCUCGAUAACGGGGGUUCCGGUUCGGCUCAGAACACCCCCAAGAGUCAGCGUAAGAUUUCGGGCUUGAGUCAGAUUCUAAGCGAUCUACAGGCGUUGGGAAAUGAUCUUUCGCAAAGCGAGAGUGACUCCGAGUCCCUGUACACCCCGAACAGUUCGCCGAUUCAUAAGACGCAGAACGUUAACCAGUCGCUGCAGCAGCAACAGCAGCAAAUGCAGAACUCAACACAGACGGGAAGCCACCCAGGUAACCUAAGGAAUAAAUCCAUCCGCACCAGCUUCGGGCUCCACAGUCCGGACGGUGCGACCGAUGGGCGCGAUAUGAACCUGAAGGACUACCUUCGCCAGCUGAAGGAAGCCAGUAGUGCGUCCGAGUUAGGCACAGAUGGUACAGAUCUUGCCGCAAAGAAGCUGGGUGACCUGUACGGCUACGAGCUGCUCGGGGACGAUUCGCUCAUCGAAACCGAUCCGGACAUUAUCGAUCUCCGCUCGAUUCCACCGCCCCAAACACCGGACGAACUGGACAACCUGCACGUGCUUAGUGUCCCACCGAGCGGGUUUGAUGAUCGAGCGGGAAAACCGAGCGGUCCGAUGGUAGCAACAAACGCCGUGUCCGGUACGGGUGAUCUCGAGGAGUUUCUCAAGCAGGUAACGAUAGAACCCCCGACCCAGAAGAUUACCCCAGCCGUCGAGCUAACCCCGGAGGAGAUCCUUUCAUACAUUAUUCCUCCACCGCCCGGGCUCGGUGAUCGUACCGAUGGUAGCAAACCCACAGCCACCACCACCAACACCGACAUUCCCGAACCCCAGAAUCCCCCGGUGAAUCGAGCAAUCGCGACGGUUGCACCGGUUCAGAACCAUCUCGGGAGUAGUGUCAGUCAGAACAACAACAUUAACACGCUUAAGAACUUGAACUACGCGGUUGACGGUGGACCGAUUCCGAAACCGCGGACGGUCAACGGAACCAAUGCCGAUCCCAGCACGCUACCCGUGGUGGCAAACGGUGCCAUCUCCAGUGUGCUGCUUGCAAAGUACGCGUACGAUCCGAGUCGGUUCGAGGUGUACUAUCCACCGGAGUUGCGUCAACCGAACGGUGGUAAUGGAAGCCACUCCAACGAGUAUGACCUUUACAGCAACAGUGAGGCCGCAAGUGCGGCUGCGGUGACAACCACGGUGUCGGGGGGAAAGUCAACGAACGAUACGAAUGGGACGCCCGUUGCCAACGGCGGGGCACCCUCGAACGGUCACGUAAUCGAGUACCCGACCGUUGAUCGUAAAGGUCCGUUUUCCUGUUGCGCCAAAUCCAAGUCCAAAGACAAACAGAAUGGCGACGCAGAGUCAGAGCAACAGAAGAGUAGCGACCCACCGAACCUAGCACUCCCACCGAAACCCUGCCCACACACCGCGGCCAAUCAGCCCAGCCCUCCCCAGCGACCCCCAAAGAGUGCGGAACUUCAGCUUCGCCUUGGUUCACCCGUACGCUCUCCACCUUACUAUGCGCGGAUGAACGGCAUCACCGGCACCACCGGGAAUUACUACGAGAUGGACCCACCCUCAUUACCGCCCCGCUUCGAGCAGUCCCCCACACCCCCGUCGGUCAUACUGGCGACACAGCUGCCGAAGAAACCGCCACUACCUCCGGUCCCACUGAAGCCCUGUAUCCUGCGCAGUCCGGUUCCGAUUCUAAAGAACCCGCACGCCACAUUCAACCACCUCCAGCAACAGCAUCUCCAGCAUCUCCAGCACUAUCAGCACCAUCCGGCGCACUCAACUCCACCUCCGCAUCUUCCGCAUCAUCUCCAGCACCAUCCACAUCACCCCUCGGCCGUGGCUGGUGUAUCCCUUUCGGCCAACUCCUCUCCGGUACGGACGGCCGGCAUAGGUUCGCCCCACUUUCACCGCAAUCCGAACUGUUACAGGGAGAUCGAACGGGCCUUCAACCAUCACCGGGACGAGCUCGGCGCAGGGCAGACGAUACAGAUGACCCCGGGACAACCGGCUGCAGCAUCGGUGACGACGAUGCAACAGGACAACAAGCAUCAGCUACAACCGCAACCCCCGAACGGUCACCAUCGGUCACACAGCGACUGCCCGCCGGUCUGCCUGAAGAACCCUCCGGCGGACAGUAGGGCACAGCUGACGCUCCUCUGUUCCCCACAAAUGUCCCGCAAGACGUCCCUCCCGACAGCCACUGGACCAUCACUGCCCACCGGUAACGUUACCUUCAGCAACCCGGGCAGCCCAAUCCUUUCCAACAAGAACGGACACGUACUGAACGUGGACACACUGAUGGCAAAAACGGACGUGGCCAUGGCUGGACUGCUGGUGAAGCUCGACCAAGUGGCGGCCCUCUGUUCCGCGGCCCAAACGGCCGGUGGUGGCACAUCGAUCGACGAAGAUCGCUUCCAGGCGGCCAAGGACGAGCUGACCGACCAGUCGCUCCAGCUCGUUACCGCCUCCAAGCACCUGGUGGUCUCGAUGUCCGACGCGAACCUCACCAACCUGCCCGAGCAUCUGACCGCGUGUCUGUCGGCGCUGCGACGCAUCACCGAGCUGGCGCAGGAUCUCACGAGGUACACUUCGGCCCCGCUGCAGACGCGCAACAUCGUGCUGAAGAUCCACGAUGUGGCCUCCAGCUUCCGGGAGUUGGCCUGCGUGCGGGUAGGCCCGGCCGGUGCCGGUCAGCUCGCCCUCAACGCCGAGUGUUUAGCGAACGUGCUCGCGACCCUGCUGCGAAGUUUGCGUGUCUUUUCACCCUAG